CUGCGGCACCGACGCUCAGAGGAGGCCUCGCCGGCCGCUGCGCCGUCCGCCGCGCAAGAACGGCGGCCCCCGCUUCCUGCGGGGAGGCGUGCCGCGUCGGACGACCCGCCAACGGCUUUGUCCCGCCGCCGCCAGUUCCAGGGCCGGAUUUGGUCGUUCCGGCAAGCGGCGCCCCGAGCACUGCGCUGCGCCAGGGGCUGGACGGCGUGCGCAACUUCCAGCACCUGCUCUCGGACGCGCGCGAUCCCACCAAUGACGGCGGCUUCGCGCCGACGACGACGUCGACGACGACCCCGCGGCCUCGGCCACACUCGACCACGCGACCGCCGUUGACGCGAGAGCAGGUCGCCAUGCUCCAGGAACUGCAGACCAUCCUUGGCGGCAAACCGCUGCCGAUUGACCCCACCACAGAGCGAAGUCGGCGGCGGCCGGACGCCGCGCGCCGCCUGCCGCUCUUCCCGCCAUUCAAAAACGCCACUGACGACACCUCGCGGCGGCCGGCCGAAGCGCUCGGUGACGGCGGCGACACCUCGCGGCGGCCGGGCGAAGCGCUGUUUCCGGGCGUCGAGUUCGUCGAGUUCCCGCCGAGCCGCCUGUUUGCCUCGCCGCUGUCCGCGGACGGCCAGCGCUCGCCGCAACGGCGGCAGUUUGUGCGCUUCGCCGACGAGCCGAGCGAGCUGGAGAACGGCGUCGUGGACGGGCCUGGCGGCGUCGUGCGGUUUCCCCGGCCAGUGACGGUGGCUCCCCCUGCGCCGACUGCGCGGCCGACGCCGGCGCCAUCUCUGCGCAUCCUGGGCGGGCUGCGGCCGGUGCUCGGCGCUGACGCGGAGAACGGUAAGCGUGGCGCGCACGUCGUGCAGAGUCUCGACCACAACGGCCAGCUGGUGACACACGUGCUGUCGUCCACGCGGCCGACGUUGGACCGCGCGCGGCCCGCGCC